UGUGCAAAACCCAGUUCUAGCUUUUUCCUCCCAAUCUGCUCUUCUCCGCAGAUCAAACGCCAAAACCCUAGCUACCCCGUCCCCCACGCCGGCGAGGACAGCCUCCGACCUCCCCGGCUCUCUGCGGCAGCGGAGGCGGCGCACGCCAUGGACAGCGCCCUCGCCAGCGCGGCGGCGAUCGCCGACCAGCGCCAGAAGAUCGAGCAGUACCGCCACAUCCUCGCCUCCGUCCUCUCCUCUUCCCCGCCGGACAUCGCCCAGGCCAAGCGCUUCCUUAACCACAGUAACGCGCUCUCCCCAAACCCUGACCUCAGAUUUCACGAUAUUUGGUUUUUACUUGGGUUCUCACGGUUUGGGAUUGGCGCGAGCGCAGUGGUGUCGGACGAGGUGCCGCUCGUGGUGUCGCGGCAGCUGCUGCAGACCUUCGCGCAGGAGCUCGGGAAGCUGGAGCCGGACUCCCAGAAGGAGGUCGCCCACUACGCGCUCACGCAGAUCCAGCCUCGCGUUGUCUCCUUCGAGGAGCAGGUAGUAGUGAUUAGAGAGAAGCUUGCAGAACUCUAUGAAUCCGAACAACAAUGGUCGAGAGCAGCACAAAUGCUUAGUGGCAUUGACUUGGACUCGGGAAUCAGGAUGCUUGACGACACAAACAAAUUAUCCAAGUGUGUCCAGAUUGCACGACUCUAUUUGGAGGAUGAUGAUGCAGUGAAUGCUGAAGCUUUUAUUAACAAAGCCUCGUUUUUGGUCACAAACAGCAACCAGGAAGUUCUGAACUUACAAUACAGGGUCUGCUAUGCGAGAAUUUUAGAUCUUAAGCGUAAAUUCUUGGAAGCUGCACUUCGAUACUAUGGUAUCUCUCAAAUUGAACAGCGCCAAAUUGGGGAUGAAGAGAUUGAUGAAAAUGCACUUGAACAAGCUCUUAGUGCUGCUAUAACAUGCACAAUAUUAGCUGGUGCUGGUCCACAGCGCUCUCGUGUUCUUGCUACAUUGUAUAAGGAUGAAAGAUGCUCGAAGCUCAAGAUAUACCCAAUACUGCAGAAGGUUUUUCUUGAAAGGAUUUUGAGGAAACCAGAAAUUGAUGCAUUUGCAGAGGAGCUGAAGCCGCAUCAAAAAGCUCUUCUGCCAGACAAGUCUACUGUGCUUGACCGGGCGAUGAUUGAACAUAAUCUCCUUGCUGCCAGCAAACUUUACACCAAUAUCAGCUUUGAUGAGCUUGGAACAUUGUUAGGCAUUGACCCUAGGAAGGCUGAGAAGAUAGCAUCUCGAAUGAUCUGUGAAGAUAGAAUGCGGGGGUCAAUUGAUCAGGUUGAAGCUGUGAUACACUUUGAAGAUGACACUGAAGGGCUGCAGCAGUGGGACCAGCAGAUUGCUGGACUGUGCCAAGCGCUGAACGACAUCCUUGACAGCAUGUCGAGCAAGGGGAUCGCUAUACCUGUCUGAGGGGUUUUAUCCAUCCAAUUGCUGAAAUGGUACCUGCACCAACACUGAUCAACUUCCUGGAUUAACGUGCUGUACAGAUGUUUUGCUGUUGGAAGUACUGUCAUCCUUUUGGAACCAAUUCUGCUAUGCAAUGAUCUGAUGUGAAAUUUGGGUUGAAAAUGCUGCACGAGUUAUGUGCUCUGGUGUUACUUUGGUACAAUAGGUUUCACAAGCAUUGCUGGAGGAAAUUAGUGCUAUAGCACUCGGCAAGUAGUAUGUACUUUAGCAUGCUUGAUUGAUAUCAUGAUAUGCUGUUCUUUGUC